CCAGCGGCGCCGCCGGGGCGGGGCCGGGCCGGGCCUGCAGGUGGCGCUGUGUCUCUGCGCGGCCGCCUCCUGCUUGCGGGGCCGGGCCGGGCCGGGCUGAGCCGGGUCGGGCUGGGCCGCGGCGCCAUGGGCAAGCGGGACAACCGCGUGGCUUAUAUGAAUCCAAUAGCUAUGGCUAGAGCACGAGGUCCCGCCCAAACUUCUGGGCCAACAAUACAGGACUACCUGAACAGGCCAAGGCCAACAUGGGAAGAAGUAAAAGAACAACUAGAAAAGAAAAAAAAAGGAUCAAGGGCAUUAGCUGAGUUUGAAGAAAAGAUGAAUGAGAAUUGGAAGAAAGAACUGGAAAAACACAGGGAGAAAUUACUAGGUGGAAAUGAGAGUUCCUCCAGAAAGAAGGAGAAGAAGAAAAAGGAAAAGAAGAAAUCGAAUAGGUUGUCUCCAUCUUCCUCUUCUUCAUCAAGUUCUGAUUCUUCUAGCAGUGCAUCUGAUUCUGAUGAUGAGGAUAAGAAGUCAGGGAAGAAAAGAAGAAAAAAGAAGUAUCGCUCCUCACGGAAGUCUUCUGAAGGUUCUACCUCUGAUUCUGAAUCAGACAGCAAGGAUAGCAUAAAAAAGAAAAAAUCAAAGGAAGAGCACGAAAGAGAAAAGGACAACAAAAGUCAUCGUAGGAAAAGGAAGAAGACUGAUCGUGAUGAUGGGCCUUUAUCAUCUGAGUCCUUAUCAGAAUCAGAUCAUACAGAGGAGGUACAAGUAAAAAAGAAAAAAAACAGUGACGAAAGGGAAAAGGCAAUGGAUAAAAUGAAAAAGAGAAAGAAGCACAAGAAACAUGGUAAAAAGAAGAAAAAGAAGACUGCUGGUUCAAAUUCAGAUUCUGAAUAACAUUUAGAAGUACAAGAAUACCCUUUCAACAAAAGUGCAAUGACUAAAGGAAACUUCAACUGUGAAAUUAUAGCAAACUUUACCAAACUGCAUGAAUUUUCCUGUGUUUUAGAAAUACUCCUAAUCUCUCAAUAGCCGGACAGAUGCUGCUGCACCAGAAAAGAACAUUGUUAUUGCCUGCUGCUUAAUACAUGGGGUACAGCAUUUUUUUAAUUCCAGUAGCCAGCGCUAGAUAUUUGAAAUCAUAAAAGAUGAUGGUUCAGCUGAUAUGUAAAAUAUUGGAAAAUAAGUGAAACUUUUUAGAUACAAAAAGUAGUAUUUUAAACUCUAAUUUUUAAACCAGCAGAAGCAUAAUCCAGGAUUCAUCCUGAAGAUGAAUUUAAUUCAAUGGAGCUGUUGAAAGUUAGUGACUGAUGUUUCUUUUGAAAUGGGAAUAUAAUGGUAACAUUCUUAAACAUGUUACUUUUGUAGAAAUGUUUACUGUACUUCUGUCCUUUUACUUUUUUAUGUUGAGGGGGGAGCUACUAUUUUGACUAGUUGAAUAGGGUGCCUUUGAUCUUUCUAAAUCCCAGCUAUUUUAAUCAGUACAGCAACUAUGCUUCCUCGGGAGGUCAGAACUACUGUCAGCAAGCUGUUCCUGAAUAAGCAAUUCUGGGCUUCUAGCAUGUGCUUCGGCAUUAAGCAAGAGCAGUGACAUUUUGCAGCAUAACUAACAUGCAAAAAUCAAGGAAUUUACCUCCACUUUGAAUUAUGCUGAAUACUGUGUUACUAAAUAUGCAUUACAUCAUUUAAAGUAAUUUUGAAUUUUGUUGAAUAUCUUUGGCAAACACUGGUAGUUUUUUUUCUUUUUGCCUUGCCAUUAAGAUACUUAGAAUUAUUUUGCAUGUUUGUACCAUUUUUUUUUAAAUUAACAAUAUAGAGGUAUUCAGUUAUAACCAGUGAUUAUUUUUUUAUGAAUUUGUUCCAGGUGCAGAGUUUCAUGUAUGUAUUUACUUAUUCUUAUAGUUCAUUGUUGUGUUUGAGUGCACACUUGCUGAAAAUUAUUUAGCAUGUAAAAAGCAGGGUUUUGAUAUUUAAACAGCUUCAUAUUGAAGCUGAUUUUACUCUAGGCAAGUUCAGUGACAGACCUGUUAUGCAGCUGUGUCUUGUUAUAUACAACUACUGCCAGAUUCUCAGUAAAGAUACCAUUUAAAAAUUUUGUCUUUAUAUUUUUGUGCUGCAGAAUUGUAGGGUAUUAACAUAAAUUGUCUAGGCUAAUUUACUUGCAUUAGCAGCUAUUUCAUAAACAAAUAGAAAAAUGUUGAUAAAAUAGCAAAUACACACUCAAAAUCCAAAAGGAAUCCUUAGGUUUUCUUCUUAUAGAUGAAGUUCUUUCUCUCUUUCAGUGAAGUCCCUAUUGCUGGUUCUGUUCUUGCCUUUCAAGAGUAGGAAAAAAUGUGAAUAAUGAUCCACAUAUUACCCUAAGUACAAAUGGUAUGUACUAACCAUGAAAAGUUUAAUACUUUAAAGCCAAACAUUUAAUUACCACAACAUUUUAAUAUCUCUUGUUAAAUGAUUAAUAAUUUGCAAUUCAUAAACAAAAAGUGGUGAGGGAGACUGGGAAGGAGUAAUAUUUUACUAGUGUUCUGUCAAAUACAUUUCUCUUCAAGCAGGUGAUUGAAAUGUUCUGGUUUUGUCUUAAAAUGCAGACUAUCACUGUUAAUAAUGUCUUAGAAAUAAAAUUAUAGUCAGCUAGGUUUGAAAACUGACAAUUUCUACAACUAUUAGGUCAUUAUUGGGAAAGAAUUCAAAGAAUGGUAGAAUGAUCAUUUUAUUUCUCUUUUUUUUAAAUCACUGGUUUAAAUCAGCUUUGAGGCUUUGAAAAACUAUUGUGAAAAUUGUGCUAUUACAACUUUGAAUUAAUUACAUUAUAAAUACUGCAAAUGGAAAGAUCAUAUUUGAAUUUUACACAACUGCUAGAGGCAAAAAAUAUGUAUCAUUGAAAACAAGUGUGCAGAUGCUACCAACACAUAAGCAAAUACAUAAUGUUACUCAUACAAAUAGUCUCAUUUACUUAAGCUUCCUAGACGUGUGCUUUCAAUACAGCAUGGACAAAAAUGUUUGCAGCAUCAAGGUCUUAUAUUGUAUAUAUUAAUUAAAAAAAUUUAGUGGCAUAAAAUUGUUGUCACUUCAAAACCAAAUUGCUUUAGUAUUUAACACUGAAAAACUCUGAUUUUUUUUUUGUCCAUAAAUAAAUCUAUUGUGAGCUACAUGCGCACACACGGAUAUGUGUGUAUGUGUACAAUAAUAUGUGUGUGUAUUAAAAUAUCCUCCCCGCCUCCCAAAAUAUAGGACCUAACAUUUGGUUACUAAGAGUGAAAUUUCUGAUUUCUGUCUCAUCUUUGCUCAUUACAUCAGGAGGGUCACGUUUGCAAAAACAGCCAAGACUACUUUUCUUUAUUAAUUUUGUGCUCAAUUUUUGUUCUUCUCCCAGCCAGAAUGCUAAUGAGGCCAGCAUAGAUGAACAUUUUAACUGAAUUUUUAGCAGAUAAAAAAAAAUCUGAAAUUGUACUAGAAAUUAGAAAAAUAAUUUAAGGGUCAAGACAAAAAGACUAUAGAAUAAAAGAAAGUAAAAUGUUAUGCUUGUUUAAAAUAUUUUAAGUGUGUUUUUUAUCCAACUUGCUUCAAGAAGUAAUAAGGUAGUAAUUUAUAAAGUAUUUUAAUAAAUGGCUAGCUUUAUGGGUUUCCAAAAAUACUCUUAGAAUUUUGAAACUAAAUUAUUGCCUUUGCUCAGUUUUGUCCUUUUACAUGUGAUAAAGAUGUGUUUUGUUCUGAACACGAAUCUGUUGCCUUCUCAUACACAGUAGCAUUCUUGAUGGCUCAUUUCUAAAAAGACUCAGAGAUCUCAACACUGGUUGAAUCAGUACGUAUUAAAAGUUCCUUAUCCAUUAAAGUAAUUCCUUUUAA